AUUUGUGAACACUACCAUAGAAAACAGCUGAGAAGAGAAAGGAAAGAAAAAUACAAAAUAUACGUGAAUUUAUGAAAAUUGUACAAAAUUUGUUAUUUAAUUUGAAAAGCAAUGUUUCGACUAGAAAAUAUAGCUUGUAGUGCUGCAUUGUUAGUUAUUUUUUGCUUAUCCUUGACCGUAUUGUUGUCUAAUGCAGAUGUAAGCCCACAAAGCAAUAUCACUAAUCCUGUAAAGGUUGAUAACAGUAUUACCGCUAACAAAGGCCCACUUAGCAGCACUUUAGCACCAAACAUAAUAAAUUCCUUAGUGCAAGCUACAAAUUCAACACCUAAAUGUGUAUGUGAUGGCGCUUUGCUACCGCGUUUAAGUGAAAAUGGUAAAGUUCUGGAAAUCUGCCCUGAAUGUAAAUGUCAGCAUGAAGCAAGAAACACAACACUUAUUAAGGUCGUUGUCAUAAUCGUGAUUUGGAUUAUAUCCAUACUUGUGAUAUAUAUGCUAUUCCUUAUUUGCUUGGAUCCACUACUCAACAAACGGGUUAAGGCGAAUUAUCAGGAGCACACAAACGAAGAUGAUGAAGCAAGUGGCACUUCCCCCCCAUUGCCGUCCGGCAUAGGAAAUCAAGAAAUGAAUGCACGUGCAAAUGUAUUGAAUCGUGUUGGUCAUCAAACGGACAAAUGGAAGAAACAAGUACGUGAACAACGUCGUCACAUCUAUGAUCGGCGCACAAUGUUGAAUUAAAUAGACGUAGCUUGUGUAGUGAUAAUUCGCGUUUAUUUUUUCUUUAAUAUUUUUGAACCUAUUAUUUUAUUAAAAACAUUAUAAUGUAAUCAAUAUAUCUUAUAACUGCAUAUAUACAUAUGUAUGUGUCGCCACUGUCUGCACUGUC